UCAACAACCCUAAUCCCCUAACACGUCAACCUAAACAAUCAAGUAAAAAAAUAUAAACUAAAUAACAAUAGCCCAUUUAAAUAUACUGCCUAAGCAUUCCAAGCAUGGGCGACAAGGACACCAGCGAAGUGGCUACGCCGCAAGCAGCUAGCGAAGUGAAAGAACGCAAGCCAUAUGCGAUAAACAAGGAACUGUCGACAAAAGAGGCGUAUUUCGCCAGCCUGGAGGAAUGGGCAAAACAGGCAGCAUUGAUACAAAUGUUUCCCAACUAUUUCAUGGCCAACUACAGUUACCCCCAGAUGCUACAAUCGCAAUUCCCAUUCCCAGCGCCUGGCAUUAAUCCACUGCUUACAAAUCGACAAACUACGCCACAGCUACAGCAACAGCCGCAGCCUCAGCCACAGCAACUGCCUCUUCCUGGACAGGGCAAUGCUGCAGCUGCACAACCUAAUUUCAAUCGCUUUCGCGUGCUUGAUGAAGUACAGCAACAGGAGAUUAUACAGCGUGUCGGUGGCACUGAAGUGGUAGUAGCGCCGUUUUGGAAGCGCGCUGUUGCCGAGGCCAUCGAUAUGGUUAUUUUAUUUAUAUUAAAAAUUAUUGUCACAUUCUCACUUUUCCACGUAUUCGAUUUGGCCUUCGACAAGGAUGUGGUGCGCAAGACAUUAGACGAAGACGACAUCUUCAACUUUUUGGACAUUUCAAUGGACUUUUUGACGCUCUCCUCAGACCUGCUGCUCAUUGAACUAGUCACAAAGCUAAUUGUCUGCUUAUACGAAUGCCUCUGGACUGUAUUUUACCAUGGCGCCACGCCUGGCAAAUCACUGAUGAAGAUACGCAUCGUCUAUGUGGAAGCGGUGGUUCCUUUACAGCCACCCGUCAUGCCGCAGUUUGUUUUCCAACCGCAACGUGAGCCGCUACGUGCCGUGCUCUAUCCAGCAGAGACGCCCGGCUUUAUUCGAGCGCUGAUGCGUGCGUUUGCCAAGAAUCUGGUCAUGACUUUACUAUUCCCCAUAUGCGUGGUGAUGAUAUUCUUUAAAAACAAUUGCACAGUGUACGACAUAAUAACCAAGACAAUUGUAGUCGAGGCGAAUUCAAAUCGACUUCCAGCCGCUGGUGCAGUUCCACAACCGCAGGCGCAGGUACGCCCACAUCAACAUUAGUCAGUUGGUUAUGGGUUGUAGCCAGUUUAUGCCAAAUUUUGUAGGGUAUGGCAGUACUCAUUUAAAUUUAUUGUUAAUGUUGAAAUUAAAGGUGAUGCACAUCUAAUUAACAGUUUCAUUUGACCAAGUACAUUUUGCCAUGUAUAACUUGAUUGUUUAGUUUUUUUUUCGAGCACAAUACUACAUUUAAAAUGGCACCAAUAUCGUUAAACUAUUAUUGCUGUUA